AUGAUGCGUUUCCGUGGCAGCCACUACCAGCAGUUGCUGACACAGCUGCCACGCAAUCUGCUUGUUUUCGACGGGCAUUGCCGGAUGUGUCAAGCGCGCGUGCGUUACGUGCUGGAGCGUAAUUUCAGCUUUUUUAGCCUCUUCAGCUACGCGACAAGGAAAGUGGAGGACGAGAUCGCGGAGGGUCUGGACCGCCACCGGAUCUACUUCGCCUCUCUCGACUCCAAGGAGGGAGCCAAUGUGCGCCGCCUAUUCUUCCAGCGUGCGUCGUCGUCCUCUGCAUCGCGUGCGUCUUACUCGGCGGCGCUGCCACAGCUGGUGCUUCCUGUGCCCGAGGACCUCGUGCUUGUGUUCAUCGAGAAAGUGCCUUCCCAGACAGCCAGCUUCCUCGCCUGCUUGCGGCCGGGUGGCCUUGCCGCGGAUGACCGCACACUCUUUGAAGGCAAGACAGCAGCCUCCUACGGUCGUGGCGCAACUACCUCUACGUCGACGGCGACGUUUUCCACUGCCAGUUCACGCCUCGUCAACGCUGCCGAGACAGACCUCCUCGUCUCCACCAACUACACGGCCAUGUGCCGGGUUGGCAUGCACCUCGAUCGCUUCCUCACGCGCACCAUCUUCCGCUUUCUCUACUGCGCAGUACCGACCUCGGUGGGCAACUGGUGGUUUGAGCGAUAUGUGUGUCGCCGUCGGAAGAACAUCUGGGGCACCUCGGAGCAGGAUGCGGUGAAGGAGUGCGACAUUAUUGAGGGAAUGCGGGAGCGUCGGUGGGCGUGGCGAGGGGUCAGCAGCAACUCGCUGCAGCGAUAG